AUGGAGGCACCUCCCUCGACCUCGGCUUCUAUUCGGGUGGCCCUUGAAGGCUGUGCAGUUCGCAACUCAAAUGAUAUGGCCUGCAUGUCUGUGCCGCAGAAGUACAAAGAACUUGGCGAUUUCCACGAAUAUUAUAGUGGGAAACGUACCGCACCCUACCUGACCAUCUUCAUCGGCGGUAAUCAUGAGGCUGGUAAUCAUCUGUUCGAGUUACAUUACGGCGGUUGGGUUGCACCGAACAUCUACUACUUGGGUGCGGCGAAUGUCAUCCGCUGUGGCCCUCUUCGCAUCGCCGGUAUGUCCGGAAUCUGGAAAGGCUAUGAUUACAGAAAGCCCCACCAUGAAAGACUCCCCUACAAUCGCGACGACAUUCAAUCUAUUUACCAUGUCAGAGAACUUGACGUUCGCAAGCUGCUCCAAAUCCGCACUCAGGUUGAUCUCGGUCUGUCCCAUGACUGGCCGAAGCAAGUCGAGCUUUCGGGCGACUAUGAAACCUUGUUCAGAACCAAGCGCGGGUUUCGUCAAGACUCACAAGAAGGAAAGCUAGGAAACCAGGCCGCGAAAUACGUUCUUGACCGCUUGCGCCCCGCAUACUGGUUCUCUGCCCAUCUGCAUGUGCGGUUUGCUGCGUCCGUCCAGCAUGGGGAAUACGUAGUUCCGGGAAAUCCUGUCAAACGUCAGGCAACCAGCCCCCCACAUACCACUCCGCGAGCUCCAACUGUUCCUUAUCCAUUUGGACUGGAUGGCGCCUUCAACUCUCUUUUGACAGUCGAGGCAGGGGAGGUUCAGCGCCCGCGUCUUCCACGGCCCACUAGAAACGCCCCGGUCGAACCUGAGCUACCUUCCAUUCGGGCAGGCCAGGAAGACCCCAUGGAAACGACUCCCUCCAACCCACAUUCCGAGCCUACUCAGUAUCUGAAAGAGGCGCAGGAAGAUCCAAUAGAAACCACUCCUUCCAAAUCACACUCUGAGCCUACUGAGGGUCUGAAAGAGACUGAAAAUCCGGCUGAGCCGCGGGAAGUACUCAGAACUGAGGACCAAAACGCUCCGAAUAUCCAGACUCGUACAGCGGCAUGGAAUGAUUUUCACUCUGUUGCUGCUAAACACGAAGCAGCCGAAAAUGCUCGCUACUUACAGGAGCAAGACAGCAAUCAAGGACGCGAAAUUGCCAAUUCGAUCUACAACGAGACCUGGCGCAAAGUCGUCCAUGACCAGGACGGAACUGGCAGGACUCUAGAUAGUGUUGUACGGGACGACAACACCACUGAUCCUGGAAGCAAGAAGCAAAAGCUCCAACACGAACCGGUGAAAAAUGCAGACGAAAUCGAUCUUGAUAUGGAUAGCGACUCUGAGCAAGAGACCCCCAGCAAAGCCGGUGCCAAGAUUGAACCUCAGGCCGCGCCUGAAACCCCCAAGGUGGAUUCUUCUAAUCGGGUCGAUGAGAACGCUUUCUCCAUCCAACCUCAAAUUCCUUAUGCUACUGAUUCCGGCGUUUCUGGAGAAUUACGCAGCCAGCUGCCUGCCAGCUUUGCUCCUCCUCCCCAACCCGAACUCUCCCAGCUCAAUGACCCUCUGCCUGAUGCCAUCUCCAAUAAAACAACCCACUUUCUCGCAUUGGACAAGUGUCUUCCCCAACGUGAAUUCCUCCAGCUAGUGGAAUUUAACACGGUUUCUGAUCUGGGCGAAGCUCAGUGUGAGCGUCCUUAUCGCUUGCAGUAUGAUAAGGAGUGGCUCGCCAUCACUCGUGUAUUUGACGAUCAUCUCAUUCUCGGAGACCCGCAGGCAAGAAUACCUUUAGACAAGGGUGACGCUUUUUACAAACCCCAGAUCAUAGAGGCCGAAAAAUGGGUUGAGGAACAUGUUGCGAAGCCAGGCAAGAUGACUAUUCCGGAGAACUUUGAGCCUACCGCACCUGUCUAUGAUCCUAGCGUCCCUAUCACCACCGAGGAGAUGCCGAUUGAAUACACCAAUCCUCAAACCGCCCAAUUCUGCGAACUCAUUGGCAUUGAGAACAAAUUCCACAUGGGCGACGAGGAACGCCAAGCGCGUAUGGCAGCCGGUCCCCGUCCUGCUGAUCCCAGAAAUCGUCCUCGUCGCGGCGGCGGUUUUGGGCCUGGACGUGGUCGAGGCGGUUAUGGACGCGGUCGAGGAGGUGGACGUGGCGGUCGCCGCUAA